CUUAAUUUAAAGUCUUGGAUGGGCGCAACCUCUCUCUCUCUUCGGCCAAUCCCAGUAACCGUCCUCAGCUUUAGGCAAUUAACACUACGCCAAAAAUGCCGAACUCUACCUCAUGAUCCCAAUUCUCCGAAGGGUAUCAACCCCACUCUAUAAGCUCAUGGACUCGUCCAGCUCCUUCGGAGGCUCUCAGCGACUUGUCGCCUUGGCCCAACAGCUCCGCCUCUACAAGCCGCCGCCUACCUUCGAGGACAUUGAGGAGCAGAGCCUCGAAGAAAGCGCUGGGAAAGUGGUUUCCCAACUGGGUUUUGCGGAGUCGACUACCCCAAUUUCGCAGGACCCAGAAAGGUUUAGACCCAAGAGAGCCGCAGUUUUGGUCUGUCUCUUUGAAGGAGAUGCUGGGGAUCUACGCGUGAUUCUCACCAAGCGGUCUUCGAGGCUGUCCACUCACUCGGGUGAAGUUGCAUUGCCAGGUGGGAAAGCAGAGGAGGGGGAUAAGGAUGAUGGGGACACUGCAACAAGGGAGGCAAAGGAGGAGAUUGGGUUGGAUCCUUCGCUUGUCGAAGUUGUCACUGUACUUGAACCAUUCUUGUCUAAGCACCUCCUCAGAGUGGUUCCUGUUAUUGGCAUACUUAAUGAAAAGAAUGCAUUCAAGCCUGCUCCAAAUCCUGAUGAAGUGGAAUCAGUAUUUGAUGCUCCAUUGGAAAUGUUUAUCAAGGAUGAAAUUCGGAGAUCAGAGGAGAGGGAGUGGAUGGGGUGCAAGUAUCUGGUUCAUUUCUUCGACUAUGAAACAGAGAAUAAGAAGUACCUGAUUUGGGGUUUAACUGCUGGGAUCUUGAUAAAGGCGGCGUCAGUCGUCCUCCAACAGCCACCAGCUUUUGUGGAACAGAAUCCCAUUUUCAAGAUCACAGGGGCAACUGGCAUCAAAUGUCAAACAGAUCUUGGCUGAGAGCAAAUUGUGAGAACAAACAAUUUGCCCCCUUCACCAUUCUUCAGGCUGCCCUACCUUUGGGCACAAGAUGGCUGAAACCAUGCCUUAGGUUUUAAUUGAUGGGAGGAAUGACUGUCUGUGACAUAUGUUAAGGAGGAAGCAUAGUCAGCAGCCACAUAAGCAAAUCCAUCUGAUAUAUCUUCUUCAUCAGCAACAUUUGUACCACAUCAGCUUGGUUCAAAUAUUAUAGCACAGGCACCGGCCAAUUUCAUCAUAUCAUAUUAUGCAGAAGACUUAUCCAUCCACAACUACUGCACAUCUGUCUUCUUGUGCACGUCAUCGCAUUGAUUCAAACUUUUCAAGAGUUAUCUCCUCAAGUCAUAUCAACACAAGCACUGAAGAUAGAGAUUAAGAGGAAGAUAGCAUAAGAUGGCAUUUUUAUCUUUGCAAUUGCAGUAACUGUAUAUAUCAAAGCUUUCUCAAUUGUAUUGUUAACACUUUAUCACAUACUUUGUAAUUAUCUAUUUAUACUAAAUAAGAAUGCAAUAGAAAAUUCAUUCGGCCAAAA